UGUUUUCGCGUGUUUUGAAUCCGUCCUUUUUUUUUUUUUUGAAAAGUGAAUCCGUCUUUUUUAGUCCAAGCAAUUUCCCAUGUCUAAAUUUUAUUUACUCCGUAUCAUGGAUUCAGUGGUACUUUUCUGGGAAAGCAUAGAUUUACAUAUACUCCGUAUCAUCGAUCUAUAUCUAAUUAUCUAUAUACAAUACAAAGUACUUAAUAUGAAUAUAAGUUUAUGCAUAUUUAUACGCAGUUCUGAGGUUGGGAAAUCCAAGGUUUGAGUGAUCAAGGAGUACUGCCGCUAUGAAGAAGAGGCUAGAUACUCGCUUUCCUGCGGCUCGGAUUAAGAAGAUUAUGCAAGCCGAUGAAGAUGUAGGAAAGAUUGCUAAUGCUGUACCCUUACUAAUGUCAAAAGCUCUGGAGCUCUUUCUGCAAGAUCUUUGUGACCGGACAUAUGACAUUACACUUAAGAGGGGAGCAAAAACUUUGAAUUCAUUCCAUUUGAAACAAUGUGUACAAACUUGUAAUGUAUUUGAUUUCCUCAAGGAUAUAGUAAGUCGGGUUCCUGACUUAGGUGGCUCUGAUACUGCCAUUGAUAAUAGAUCUGCCAGUAAAAGAAGGAAAAUUGCUGAUUCUGAUGAUCAUGACAGUGAUGAUGACAUCAAACACAGCCAAACGGACGAGACAGCACCUCCAAGUGGUGGUAGUGGGCGGGGGAGAAGCAGGGUUAGGGGUCGGGGUAAGGGUCGGGCAGCAGAGAGAGAAUAUGCUUGUGGUUUUUUAUGCGAUGAAAAGCAUGAAGAAGAUGAAGCAGACAAGAACAACGAAAGGCCGGAGCCGGGUUCAGAACCCGCGGAUCGGAAGGCCCAUUCUGCUGACCUGAGCAUAGAACCAACAAUGAGAAAUUUUGAUCUUAACGUGGGGUUAGACGAGAUGGGAGAUAAUUGUGUUGAAAUGAAGCGGGGGGAAGAGUAUCCCGGAUGGUCAAACGUGGAAGGGAUUUCCUUUUAUCCCAGUCAACUGGCUAAUAAUCUGGAUAAGAGUGAGGAGGCAGAAGAUGACUAUGAUGAAGAAGGAUAAACUUAAGGGGUCAAUGAUUGUAAAAGUAGCUAGGAAAGUCAUAGAUCAACUUGGGACUAGUAGAGUUACUGCACCAACAGCCUAGAUUUGUAUGUAGUGGAUUCUGGACUGUUGGGGUUGCUCCUUAGAUCCAAACAAGGAUGGUAACUUUAAAGGUCGGUCCAGAUCUGUAUUUAGGAAGGCCCUGGGAAAAUAUGCUCCAAGGUUUGGUUAGUUAUUGUCACUAGUAUCAAUGUUUUUGAUAGUCAACUUAAUAAAUAAAAGAGUUAACAGGUAGUGCUCUCAUUAAUACCUUUUGUACGAAAAGAGACUCUUGAUUAUGUGGUG